CACUCUCGCAUUCACCAAAAGAUCCGCUGGAAAAAAAAAAAACUCUUUUGCAUUUGGAGAUGUAGUCGAGAUCUAACCAGAAUGGAUCUUUCUUCAUUGAUCAACACGAACAAGCUUCCUCCUUUCUUGCAUCAUCAAUUAUGCCCUCAAGUUUGCUUAUCCAUGACUCACCCAUACAUACAUAAUGAAGCUUUAUGGUUAUAGAUGGCCCUGUAGUUUUAGUUUAAUCGACAAAUUAGUUGAAUGAUAAAGAAUUGAUUGUUGAAAUGGUGAAUUUCGAUACUACAAAUUGGUUGAUUGUCCAAAGUGCAGACGAAUUUGGACACUGCAAAUGAGUUGUAUGGCUUCUCAUCAUGAAAAAAAUUCAAAAAACUGAAAAUCAAUAUCAGUUAGUUAGUAGGAUCUUAAGUUGAAAAUGCUUAGUGGGCUUAUUAACUAUUGUGGGACUUCAAAGUGUGCCCAUCCUUGUCCAUAUAUUUGUAUUACUUACUCCGCUUAUUCCAAUCUCCAAAAUUUUCAAAUUCCUCUAUUCUCUCUCGCUUUCUCUCUUAGCUCUCUCUAGCAGCAAUGGCGCUUUCUGCAGCUUUCAAGGAGAGACUAGAUCAAAUGGAAUUCACCAGAAACCAACGACUUCAUCUUCUCCAGGCGGAAAAAGAGCUACAAGUGAACAAAUCACAGAUAUUAGAAUCGAAGCACGCAAGUAUACAGUCCAUAGAACGCAAAUGUCUGAUGCUCGACCAAAAGAUUGCUUCACAAAACCUCAAGAUCAAAAUUCUCAGAUCUAGCAUCGAAGAUCUCGAUUCCAAAUACCACUGCUCUAUACAGCAGCUGAGGACACUGAAGAGCGAGGUGGAAGAGUUAAAAGAGCUAGACGAAGAGAGGGACAAGUAUUACAAACUGAAAUGCUCGGAGAUGAACGAGUUCAUGCAAAGUGUCGAGAGGUUCAGAUCAGAGAACCGGUUACAAGUCGAGAACCUGAGAAAUCAAAUCAAGGAGCUUAGCUCAGCGUUCGUGGAAAAUAAUGGGAAGAACAAUUAUCUGAAGAACAUAAAUUAAGGUGUGAUUCUUAUUCAUCAUAAAGAUGUGCAUUGCAAAAACAUAUACGAACACGUAUGGGGUUUGCGGAGAUAGUUUUAAUCACAAAUUCACAAUGGAGAGAAAAAAGCAGAUGCGAAGAAGAAGAAGAAGAAGAAGAAGAAACGAUCAAUGAAGUGAGCUUCAAAGACGUGAGCCUUUUUGAAAGAACAAAGUAAAGAAGAAACUCUUGUAGCCUUUUUGAAAUAGUUGCCUUCUCUCUUGAAAAUAUUGUUGUUUCUUUGAUGCUUAGGUUGUUCUGUUUUUUUUUUU